ACGAGGCCCACCGCCAUGCCAGUACCCCUCUCACUCCCACUAUAUGCGUGCAGUCCCGGAGGUGGUCCCUCUGCCGCCGGCGCCGUCCUCAGCCUCGGCAGAUCAGGCACCCUGGCACGCACAGUCGGGGCUUUCUCCUACGAGCUCUCCGACGGACAGGGCGACGCCAUCUGGCUGGGCGCCCAGAGGGCGCGGCGAGUCCAAGGCGGCAAACCCACUCCGCUCAUCUCCAACCCCCUGUUCCCCAACCGCUACUACGUGCAGAUCGCCAGCAUACUGGUCGGCAACCAGCCGCUCCAGAUCCCGCGGGGAGCGCUCGACAUCCAGCAAUACGGCCGCGGCGGGGUUUACCUGAGCACAACCAUGCCGGUCGGCAUGUACCUCAACGGAGAGGUGUACGACCUCCUCAAGGCGGCGCUGCAGGCGCCUGGUGCCACUGCCAACGGCCUGUGCUACUCGGCGGACGCGAAGGUACCGCUUCCCACCAUCACUCUCGAGUUCGCCGGCGAUGCCGUCAUGGCGCUGCGGCCAGGGAGCUCCGUCUGGAAGACGCGGGCGGAUGGGGCGCGGUGCCUGUCUGUCUUGCCGUCAAGCACCGGCGAGACCAUCGUGGGUACCAGGGCCCAGAUGGGGAGGCUUAUGACCUACGAGCUCGCGACUGGCAACGCCUUCGGUUUCGGUACAGUCACAUUUUAAGCUGAAAAGGGGUCUUGCGAAUAAGUGUGCCGCAUUGUCUUGUUUGCGUGCUCUGUUGUCAUGUUUGUGUGCAAAACUCAGCUGUGUUGGGUGGUGUGUUGAGCGUUUUGUAACCGUGUCCAGGGGGAUUGAUAUGGAGGGAAUGGAACUGAGAAAGUUAGGUGGUGUGAUUAUUAACUCAGUUUGCUGUUUGCCAGAGCACCUCCAAUACAUGAUGGAGAUGUAUAAAUAACCGUUUUUUAUAUCAUGAAGAUGUAAUUUUUUU